AGAAAAAGGUUAAAAAAAAAAGCAACCAUACGGAUUCGAAGCCUCACCAAAUUCCAGUUAUAAAUGAGGCCGCGAAGAGACUACGAAAAGCGCAGUUUCCCGGGAAAUAGGAACUCCGACGACGGAGAAGAGAAACCGUCCGUCGGUAUCACUGUAUUCUCCCCGAGAUUCUUCCUAGCGACGAUGGCCGGUCAGUCGCGGAAAUGGAUGAUACUCGUCGCGACGAUCUGGAUCCAGGCCUUCACGGGCACCAACUUCGAUUUCUCAUCCUACUCGACGGACCUGAAAUCGGUGCUCGGUAUAUCACAGGUCCAGCUCAACUACCUAGCCGUCGCGUCGGAUCUCGGGAAGGCUCUUGGAUGGUCGUCGGGCCUCGCCAUCCUCUACCUUCCGUUGCCGAUCGUUCUUUUCAUGGCCGCUUUGAUGGGAGCCGUUGGAUACGGAUUUCAGUGGCUUGUCAUAGAGAGCGUCGUCUCCUUGCCUUAUUUCGUGGUAUUCCUCCUCUGCCUGUUAGCUGGAUGCAGCAUCUGCUGGUUCAACACCGUCUGCUUUGUGCUCUGCAUCCGGAACUUCGCGGUGAACCGGGCACUGGCGCUGUCCCUGACUAUCAGCUUCAAUGGCGUCAGUGCCGCGCUCUACACGCUCGCUGCAAACACCGUCUCUUCCAGCAGCAACGCCGUCUACCUCCUCCUCAACGCCUUACUCCCCGUUCUCGCUUCUGCUGCCGCGCUCGUCCCCAUCCUCCGCCAGCCUCCGAUUCAGCCCCUCUCGUCCGACGCGGCACACCGCGACUCCAUCGCCUUCAUCUUCCUCUAUAUCCUCGCCCUCUUCACUGGUCUCUACCUCCUCCUCCUCAAUUCCAUCUCUUCGUCUGCCUCCGUGGCCCGCUUGCUCUUUGUCGGGGCCCUGAUCCUCCUCGCCCUGCCGAUCAUUGUCCCGGGCAUUGUCAUCGCACGCGACUGGGCCCACCGCACAAUCUACUCGAGCUUCCGGCUGCAGGGAUCGCGGUUCAACCUCGUGGACGUGGACGAUCUGGAGCUGCACAAGGAGCUGAUCGGGCGGCAGGAGAAUGGGAAUGGGAAUGGGAAUGGGGAGGUGGGCCAGGGUUGCUGUGAGAAGGUGUUGGAGGAGGACAAGCUGACGAUGCUGGGGGAGGAGCAUUCGGCAAGGAUGUUGGUGCGUCGGCUCGAUUUCUGGCUCUACUACGUCGCGUAUUUCUGCGGUGGGACGGUGGGCCUCGUCUACAGCAACAACAUUGGCCAGAUCGCGCAGUCGCUCGGGAGCGGAUCUGACUCGCUCGUCACCCUCUACUCUUCCUGCUCCUUCUUUGGACGCCUCUUGUCUGCUAUCCCCGACUUCCUUCGCGUGAAGGUGUAUUUCGCACGCACAGGGUGGCUAGCGAUGGCGCUGGUGCUGACACCGAUCGCUUUCUUCUUGCUGGCAGCAGCGCCGGGGGGCCACGCAUUGCAGGCAGGCACGGCACUCAUUGGUCUGAGUUCUGGCUUCAUUUUUGCUGCUGCCACAUCGGUUACAUCAGAGCUCUUUGGUCCCAACAGCUUCGGUGUCAACCAUAACAUCCUCAUCACUAAUAUUCCUAUCGGGUCUCUUGUCUACGGUUCACUCGCCGCACUCAUCUACGAUGCCAAUGGCAGCUCUAGCACGACCCUCCAUGCCAUCCUCACUGAUGGUGCGGUUGUGUGCAUGGGCAGGCAAUGCUAUGGGGAGACCUUCAUCUGGUGGGGUUGCAUCUCUGUGGUGGGCUUAGUGGCCAGCGUCGCCCUUUUCAUGCGCACCCGAUCUGCAUAUGACCGGUUUGAGCGUAAUCGGAUUUCGGCACAGUUGUUUUAAUCCUCCAGAUAUUCCAACAUAUGUUUCUUUGUAAGAAUGAUGGAGGCGUAACAGCACAGAGAGAAAAAAAAAA